CACCGUCCCCCACCCCACCACUUUAUCUCUUCACCACCAACCUUUUCACCCAAUUUUCCACCUUCUUUAUUCCCCAGUCUUCCCCACCAUACUCUCAUCCCAUUUUCCACUCACUGCCACUGUACCCACUUCUUCUCUCCAUGAACACACUUCAUAUCUCUCAAUUCCACCCUACAUUCUUCUCACAAUCGUCCCCUCACCACAUUUUCUGAAAAACCCACAACAUAUUUCAACAAAAAUGGAUACAAAUUUCCUAUUUUUUUACCUUCUCUCUCUGUUUCUGUUUACGUUUUCCAUUGCUUUCACACCCCAAGACAACUUCCUCAUCAACUGCGGUUCAAACACCAACGCCAUGGUCUCCGGCAGACAGUUCGUGGCUGAUUCUGUUAAACCCGGGUCGGGUUUUCUAUCUCCAGAAAAAUCAAUCACUCUCUCAAACCCGAACCCGAAUUCUCCCAAACUUUACACCACUGCCAGAGUUUUCACUACUGUUUCCCGUUACCGUUUUGAGAUCAAUAAAACCGGAACCCAUUUGGUACGUCUCCAUUUUUCACCUUUUAACCAUUUGAAUUACAACUUGAGCAAUUCAAAUUUCAGCGUUUUAGUAAAUGGGGUUUUAGUUUUACCCAAUUUUCGAGCUGAGGUCACCGUUGUUAAGGAGUUUAUACUCAUGGUGGAUAUAACUCAUCUUGAUAUAACGUUUGAUCCUUUGGGGAAUAAAGGGGUUGCGUUUGUUAAUGCUAUUGAGGUAUUCUCUGCUCCAGUUGAUCUUAUUGUUGACGGUGGAGCAAAGUCAGUUGGUGUGAGUGGAAUUCAAGAAUUUAAAAAUUUAUCAUCUCAUAUUUUAGAAACUGUUUAUAGAAUCAAUGUAGGAGGGCCAAAGUUGACACCUUUUAAUGAUACCCUUUGGAGGAAUUGGGUUCCUGACGAAGAGUAUUUAGAUAUAAAAUCAUCUGCAAAAACUGUCGCCACCACACAGCUCCCAAAUUAUCAAACUGGUGGUGCUUCGAAAGAGAUUGCUCCAGAUAAUGUUUAUAUGACUGCUCAAGAAAUGAAUAGGGGGAGUUUGAUUAUAAAUUCUGUGUUUAAUCUGACAUGGGGUUUUCCGGUUGAUUCGCGUGGGGGUUUACGGCAUUUCGUUAGGUUACAUUUCUGCGAUAUCGUUAGUCUUUCGGUUAAUCAGUUGUAUUUUAAUGUGUACGUCAACGGGUUCCUCGCGUACAAGGAUCUUGAUCUUUCGACACUUUCGUUUCGUGUGUUGGCGUCGCCUUUUUAUGUUGAUUUUGUUGUUGAUUCGGAUAAAUCAGGGGUUUUGGAGAUAAGUGUUGGCCCGUCUGAUUUGAGUACAAGUUUGAGAAAAAACGCGAUUUUAAAUGGUGUGGAGAUUAUGAAGAUUGUGAACCCUGUUGACCAGAAAAUGUCAACAAAAAAGAAGAACAUUUUGAUUUUGAUUUCUUUGAUUGUAGGAGGGUUGAUUGUUGCUUGUUUUGUGAUAUUAGCAGUCUUGAUUCUAUUGAGACUGAGAAAGAAAACGAGAACAAAAACAACACAAGCCGAAAGCAAUGGGUGGACCCCGAUACCUGUUAACGGGAGUUCGCAUAGUAAACAUUCCGAAGGAACAAAUAAUGUUAACAGAUUGAAGAUCCCUUUUGUCGACUUACAGUCUAGAACGAAUAAUUUCGACAAGAGUCUGAUAAUUGGGUCGGGUGGAUUUGGUAUAGUUUACAAAGCGGUUCUUCGUGACAACAUUAAAGUGGCAAUAAAACGAUGUGUUCCCGGUUCGAGACAAGGGCUCCCGGAGUUCCAUUCGGAGAUUACAAUUUUGUCCAAGAUUCGACACCGCCAUCUUGUUUCUUUAGUUGGUUACUGCGAAGAACAGUCGGAAAUGAUCCUUGUAUACGAGUAUAUGGAAAAGGGACCGUUAAGGAAUCACUUAUACGGGUCGAAUCUACCUCCAUUGUCAUGGAAACAGAGGCUUGAAAUAUGCAUUGGGGCUGCCCGAGGGCUUCAUUAUCUUCACACGGGUUCAGCACAAGGUAUAAUCCAUAGAGACGUGAAGUCCACAAAUAUAUUACUUGACGAAAGUAACCUCGCGAAGGUGGCGGAUUUUGGGCUCUCAAGAUCGGGCCCGUGUUUAAGUGAGACGCAUGUUAGCACAGGCGUGAAGGGCAGUUUCGGGUACUUAGAUCCUGAGUACUUUCGGAGGCAACAACUUACUGAUAAAUCGGACGUUUAUUCGUUUGGGGUUGUGCUCUUUGAAGUACUCUGUGCUCGGCCUGCUGUUGACCCGAUGCUGGGCCGAGAAGAGGUCAAUUUAGGCGAGUGGGCGAUUCAUUGGAAGAGGAAAGGCAUGCUUAAAAAGAUUGUGGACCCGCGUAUUGCUGACCAGAUAAAACCGGCGUCUUUGAAGAAGUAUGCGGACACGGCUGAGAAAUGUUUGGCGGAUUACGGUGUUGAUAGACCGACUAUGGGCGAUGUAUUAUGGAACUUGGAAUAUGCACUUCAGAUUCAAGAAACCGAAAGUGUGGAUUCAGCGAGAACGGGUCACACAGGUGCACCAGAAACUGUAUUCGGUGAUGGAUCGAGCAAUGUUGAUGGUUCACUUUCGGGCUCAAAAACAAACCUAGUUUUUUCACAGUUGUUGACCAACGAAGGUAGGUAACAAGUGUUUGAUUUGUUUUGGUUGUUUACUGUCAUCUGUUUAUACACGGGUCAUAAGUUACAGGACCGUAAGGUUGACAUAUAGAUCCAUGUAGUCGUGUAUUCAGUAUCACAUAUGUAAAGAUGCAAAUCUGGCACGUAAUGUUAGGCCAAUGACGUUUACAUUGGUUGUUGAUGAAGUUGAUACACAUGAAUGCAUUUCACUUACAACUAA